AUUUCGAGUAAAAAUAUUGAAAAUGGCACUGACUUGCUCUGUGAAAGGUUGCUCAAACGGCGGUUAUUGGCUUAAGAAGUGGAAAUAUCAGUUUUGUGACAGAUGCGGAUGUUUGCACAAAGAGAAGACGUGUGCAUGUGAACAACCUUUCAGGCUGUACCCUUUCCCUACCCGCAAGACCAAUCCUGAGGCGCGUGACAAAUGGCUGCAUAUUGUUGGGCGGCGUGUAGGCAACAAAACUUGGUCUCCAUCAAAGGACAGUAGACUGUGCUCGAGACAUUUUCGUGAUGGAAAACCAACAGCAGUUAAUCCCCUACCGUGUCUUGAUAUGGGUUAUGCGGAUGCUGAAUGUAGAGUUCAGAGGAUGUCUAGAUUUGAAGCAACCAACCGAAUCGACAGAUGAAAGUCAAAUCAGUCGUUUUGAAAGAGACUUUGGUAGAA